AUGGUCGCUCUCACUGGUGAUCGGAAGUCAGUCUUGGAGGGCACAUGGGCCCUUGGAGCGAUAGCGAUUGUGAUAAUGGGACUCCGGGUUUUCGCGAAAGGGAGGCUUCACCAUUUCGGCCCAGACGACCUAGUAAUGUUUACAGCUCUGGUCUUCGCACUCGCCGCAUCUAUAUUCUUCACAAUUGCAGUCCUCGACUACGGUUUUGGCGCUGGUCUGCCCGAGUCCGAUGAUGUCAAUGCCCUCAAGUUCUACACGUUAAUGGAAGUUUGCGGCGUCGUUGGCACGUGUCUUGGCCGAGUAGCCUUUAUCCUCUAUCUGUUGCCAAUCCUCUCGACAAGGAAACUCUUCAGGAACAGCUUAUGGGCGUUGCUAGCGCUGCAGAUCGUCGCGAAUUCUGUUAUGGUUAUCCUCAUCUUGGCUCAAUGCCGCGAUAUACGCGGGGUAUGGGACCCCGAAUAUGCGACGAACUGCAUGGAAGAUUAUAUUCAGCUUCGUUAUGGCUAUUUCAUCUGUGCCUGCAACACUUCAGCCGAUUUGCUACUCGCGAUACUUCCGAGCUUUAUCUUCUGGGAUCUUAAAUUGCGGCCCAUAAUCAAGUUUAGUCUCAUGGCACUGACAAGCUUAGGCCUCGUGUGA